AUGAAUUCACAAAUACCAUACAAUCAGCAGCAAGGGGUCUGGAUGCCCCAGCCAGACCAGUCUGGCUAUCCACCUCUCCCACGCUCAUUACGCGUGGUCGACCUCUCUUUACCACCCAGGCCCCAGCCCACCCUCUCCCCCAAUAAUAUCGAUCCCGAAAACUGCCAUCGUACUCUCCAUGAGCAUCGCCAGGCCACCAAACAAAAAUAUCGCCGCAUGGUCAGGGAACAGAUGAAAGCUGAGGAAGCGGUCUGGGCAUAUCAAGAUCAGCAGGGUCUAGAACCUUUCCCAUAUUAUGCGUUCGAGAUGAAACAACCCUUACUGCCUGCACUGGAUAUGGCAAUGGACGAGAGUGGCGGGGAUGCGGCGAUGGCAUGGCAGAUUUUCGAUAGGCGGAAUAACUGGGAAAAAGCGGCCGAGGAGGCUGCGAAUGAGGAAAGAGAGGCUGAAGUCCGGAGGCGUGCCGACGAGAUGAUCAGAAAUGAUAAAGAGAUAAUGGAGGACGAAGAGAUGAGACAAUUGUUGGAGGAGCUGCCUAAGUUUAAAUGUCCUGAUAUGUAA